AUGGAAUUACAAAUACCAAAUAAUAGCUUAGAAACCGUCACCACUGCUGCUGCUGCUGCUGCUGCUGCUGCUGCUGAUGUCGUCGUGCAUCGCUCUAAACGAUCUGACAAUGAACCAGCAUCGGCAAUAAUAUCAACGCCAGCAAAUAGUCAAGGUAGUGGCGCCCCAGAGUUACCUCCAAUAGUAUCAGUGCAAAUCAAAGAUAACGAUCAUUUGGUCAAUUUGAAGAUGCAACAAACGCCAAAGUUAAUCGACGAUGCAUUCGUUUUUAUACGACGCUAUGCCAAUACAUCACAACUCGUGGAGAAUUCACAUAAGUUAGCGGAACGCUUAGAGAAAUGUUUUUAUCACAACGAGAAUUCGGCGUUGGAUUUGUGUGAUGGUGAAAAUGUGCGUGGCCUAUAUCAUCACAAUCAAACCGACUACAUUAUACACCCCCUACCCGAACGUUUUGGCAAUAACACACACAUUAUACUCGAAUCCGAAUCGGAGCUAUUCGAUUCCAUUUGGUCAAAUUCAUCAUCAGUAUUAAAUGAAAAUAUACAAUUUGAACCGGAAAUGGAAGAAUUUAAUGAUUUAAAUAUCGAAACAAUGGCUGAUCUGGAAAAUACAACGCGUUCGACAAGAAAUAUUGAAAACGAUCCGAGACAGGGGCGCGAUCAUGCCAGAAAUCUACAUCACAAUCACAAUGCUGUACCUUUAAAUUUACGUUCAUCGUUCCCAUCAUCCAAAUAA